UGGCAUUCCUAACUAAUUAGUGCUUCUGAUUAUCCAAAAAAGAAAAACUUAGGUAAGGCAAACCAAAUAUGGCAAGUGAGGCCAUUCCAUGCUUCUUAGCUUAUCUGCUACUGCAAAUUCUUGCUGUAAAUGCAAAAGUUCCGGCCAUCAUUGUGUUUGGAGACUCUUCCGUCGACUCAGGCAACAACAACCACGUUGGUACAUUACUGAAGAGUAAUUUUGCGCCUUAUGGUAGAGAUUUCCGUGGUGGCAAGCCCACUGGAAGGUUUUCUAAUGGUCGCAUUCCCACAGAUUUUAUUUCCGAAGCCUUCGGGAACAAGCCGUUAAUACCUGCAUACUUGGAUACGACGUAUGAUAUAAAAGAUUUUGCUACUGGAGUUUGCUUUGCUUCUGCAGGAACAGGCUAUGACAAUGCUACUUCUGACGUACUUUCUGUAAUUCCUCUUUGGAAGGAAUUGGAGUACUAUAAAGAAUACCAGAAGAAGCUUAGAGGCUAUCUAGGAAAUGAGAAAGCUAAAGAUCUACUAGGAGAAGCGCUUUACUUGAUAAGCAUAGGAACAAAUGACUUCCUAGAGAACUACUACAUAUUUCGAGGAAGAAAAUCUCAGUUUUCUGUUGUGGAGUACCAGCAUUUUCUUGUGCAAAUCGCCAGAAAUUUCCUCACAGAGCUUCAUCGUCUUGGAGCACGAAAGGUAUCUAUAAGUGGGCUUCCUCCAAUGGGGUGUUUGCCUUUGGAGAGAACCACAAAUCUAUUUUCUGGAAGUCAUUGCAUUGAAGAAUACAAUAAUGUGGCCAGGGAUUUCAAUAAGAAAUUGAAUGGAAUGAUCAUUGAACUGAAUAAGGAGCUUGCUGGGAUUAAACUGGUGCUUUCAAACCCUUAUGAUAUCCUCUCACAAAUUAUUCAGAAUCCAAGUUCUUUUGGGUUUGAAAAUGCAGCAAAAGCUUGCUGUGGAACCGGAAUGUUUGAGAUGAGUUACUUGUGCAAUAAAAGAAGCCCCUUUACAUGCUCAGAUGCUAAUAAAUAUGUGUUCUGGGAUUCCUUCCACCCCACAGAGAAAACAAAUAAGAUUAUAGCAGAUUAUGUAGUAAAAAAUAGUUUAGCUCAGUUUCUGUAACGAUGACAAAAGAAAAUGUUCUUAGUGUAACGAUUCUAUUUCAAAUAUUCAUUAUUUUUUUACAGGUCUUUAUUGUAAACUAAUUAUCUAUUUAGUAA